UUGUCAGGUUCAGCCAUGGAGGUGACUUAUCUGCAGCAGUUGGAAACGCUCAAAUACAGCGAGCUCCAGCGCCUGGCUAAAGGCGCAGGAUUGAAGGCGAACCUCAAGGCGGACAAGCUGUUAAAAGCACUGAAGCAGCACUUUUAUGAAAUCAUACAAGAAAACAGAAAUACAGUCAACAAAAGAGACUCCUCUUCUACAGAUACCAAGGAGCUUGAUGACAGUCAGAUACCUCUAAAUGUAACCUCUGUAACCCAAAGGUAUAGAAAAAAGAAGGGAGCUGAUGAUGAUCAGGGAAAUCCAGAAAGAAAAACUGUUCAUGAGGAAAAUCAAGAACUCUGUCCAGAGAAAGAGGUUUUUUCUGAGCUGAAAGAAAGAGAAGAGCCACAGGAUGCUGAAUCUGAAAGGACAGUGAAGAUGAACCAACCUGAGUAUUUGACAAGCAGUGGGAUCACAAAGAAUAUGGCCACGCCAAGUCAAUGUAAAGAGAGAAUUUCGACUAAAUGUGGAAGAGCUGAAAGAAAGACUCUUGUGGACCCUCUUUCUGGAAAGAAACCUCAGUACACAACUAGUGUAUCAAAAUCUGGGAGAACAGGAUUUGCUUCUACCACGCCAAACUUCAAAAAACUGCAUGAGGCCCAAUUCAAGAAAAUGCAAUCUAUUGAUGAUUACAUUGAAAGAAAAACAAAGAUGAUUAAAAAAUUCAGUAAUUCAGUAAACGAGGUCAAGAUGCUGGCUAAGAAAAGUAACUAUCUAAAGACUUCUCACAAAGACACUCCAAACAGUAAUUCCAAGACAUGCUCCAGUUUCAGAGAGUUUUUAUUCAGCCCUCAACCCCAUGGGAACAAUCGAGUGGCUACAUGUACCCCUGCAAGCCUGCGGCGCUCACCACACAGUUCUGUCAGCAAUGGAAAUAAGAGUAUUUUAACUCGGAAAUCAGCAUUCAAUUCAACCAGUCUCUCUGCAGUCAAAAUGAAUGUCAGAUUUUCAGAAGCCACCAAGGAUAAUGAACACAAGCGCUCUCUUAUCAAGACUCCAUCUAGAAAAUCUCAAUUCCUGAACACCGGCACCCCAGAUAGCCAGAAGAGCAGUACGUCUGUUUCUAGAAAGGACUUCAGGGGAAGCGCAACAAAAUGUCAGUUAACAGAAGGCUCAAACUCUGCUGUUACCCUCAAGUUUGAAGCAGAACCCAUAAGCACUAAGAAGCCAACGUUUGACCUCAAAGCUAGUCUGUCAAAGCCACUUGGUUACCAGCCUCACAAAGGGAAACUGAAACCUUGGGGUAAAUCAAAGGAAAACAUCCAGAGUGUGUGUUCCCACAGGAGAGACUAUAGGCAGCCAGUUCCCACAACCCGAGAAGAGAGGCGAGAACAACAUGAAGAAGAGAGAAAACUGAGAAAAGACAAGGCACUUGGAAUCCGUAGAGGAUUGACUCUUGCUUAGGACUAACCCUCAAAUUGCUCUGUAAAUAACAUUCUACAUGCAAAAUUAUUUCCUACUUUGUAAAUAUUUCUGUUUUCUUCCCUAUUCAGUGACUUGCUUAAGAUGGUCUGUUGUCUGAACAGAAUUAGUCUAAUGGGCUUUUUAAUUCAGUUAUUUUAGCUACUGACUCAUAAUCUUGAAAGGCUGUAACCAACAAAAGUGCAACUAUUUACUGUUAUCCUACGUUAUGUUUUUGAAAUGUUUAUCAAUCUAUUCUAGACUGGUUGGAAACGAACAAUUUUCUGCCAAAUGUUUUUUUUACUGUAUUUGAUGGUGGGGACAAAAUAGAAAAUAAAUGUUUAGUAAUGAAAAUACUAUAGUUAUUGAUGGCAUUUAUGUUUUGAACUAAGGCCAUGGUGGCUCAGAGGUUAAGAUGCUGAGUUGCAGUUUGAGACUCGAGUGCCGUGUG